AUGGAAAUAGAAUAUGGCGGUUUCAUUAAUGCUUCACUUUCCUCUCCUCUUAUCUCUUUUUUCCAAUCUUCAUCGUCAUCACAUAAUAGUCGCUUCUCUCUUUCAGUGGAGAAACCAGAAGAUGUUAUUCUGUCACAAAACGGCGUCUUCUCUGCCGGCUUCUACCUCGUUGGUGAAAACGCCUAUGUAUUCUCCAUUUGGUUCGCCCAAACCCUCGCCGUUGUUUGGACAGCAAACCGUGACCGAUCCAUCAACGGUAAGCGCUCCUCACUCUCCAUCCACCGCACCGGAAACCUUGUCCUCUCUGAUGCUGGCCAAUACGAGGUGUGGUCGACCGCCACCACCUCGUCUCUGCCGACCCAAUUGAUCCUCAACAACAAUGGAAAUCUAGUACUUUAUGAGCACCAAUUACGAGGAAGCAAGAUUCUAUGGCAGAGCUUUGAUUUCCCAACCGACACUCUACUUCCUGGGCAGCAACUCACAAGAUAUACAAAGCUCGUCUCUGCUAGAAGCGAAACCAACUAUUCCUCUGGAUUCUACAAGCUUGUCUUCGAUGACGAAAAUGUUCUUACCCUUCUAUAUGAUGGUCCCGAUGUCUCCAGCAAAUAUUGGCCAUCACCGUGGCUUAAGAGCUGGGAAGCUGACAGAAACAUCUACGAUAGUAGUAGAAUUGCAGUGUUAGAUUCACUUGGAGGUUUCAGUUCAACAGACAAAAGAUUGAAAUUAGAUCCUGAUGGAAACAUUCGAGUGUACAGCCUACAGAAUAAUCUAUGGGAGGUGACAUGGCAAGCCAUAUCUGAUGCUUGCAUUGUGCAUGGACUUUGUGGUGCUGACAGCACGUGUGUGUAUGAUCCUAGAGAAGGAAGGAAGUGUUCGUGUCUUCCUGGAUAUAGAGUGAAGAACCAUAGCGAUUGGUCUUAUGGGUGUGAACCCACAUUUAAACUCUCAUGCAAUAAAAAGGAGACCACUUUCUUCAAAUUGCAAGAUGUUGAGCUCUAUGGGUAUGACUUUUUUUACAAGGAAAACAUAAGUUAUAGUGAUUGUGAGAAUGAAUGCAUAGAAGAUUGUGAGUGCAGGGCAUUUCAGUACUCAUUUAACCAUGACGGCUUAUUUCAAUGCUAUGCGAAAAGAGUUCUUCUCAAUGGUCGUCGAUCACCAGACUUUAGAGGAACAACCUACUUGAGACUUCCUAAAACCAAAAGAAACAAUGUUUCGUUCUUUGCAGAUGAAGAAUUUGCUCAAGAUAAUGGUCAUAUUUGUUCAGUGAAGCUGGAUAGAGCCUAUGCCAAGAGACAUGUCAGCAGUUUUUUGAAGUUCUUUCUUUGGUUUUCUGUUGCAAUUGGGUUGGUUGAAGUCCUCUUCAUUUCUAUGACUUGGUUUUAUUUGAUAAGAACCAAGCAAAAAUCUGAUGGAAAUCAACAAGGGUACAAUUUUCUUUCACCUUUUGGGUUCAGAAAAUAUACUUACUCUGAGCUAAAACAAGCAACAAAAGGGUUCACGGAAGAAAUUGGAAGAGGAGCUGGUGGAAUAGUGUACAAAGGAGUAUUGCCAGAUCAGCGAACUGCUGCAAUAAAGAAUCUUCAUGAUGACAACAUUGGAGCCAAACGAGAUGAAGCAGAAUUCCUAGCUGAAGUGAGCAUUAUUGGUAAGCUAAACCACAUGAACUUGAUUGAAAUGUGGGGGUAUUGUGCUGAGGGAAAGCAUAGGCUAUUGGUUUACGAAUACUUGGAGAAAGGUUCUUUAGCAGACAAUCUCAAAUCAAACACUUUGGAUUGGACCAAAAGAUACAACAUUGCUCUCGGAACAGCAAGGGUUCUAGCAUACUUACACGAAGAAUGCUUGGAGUGGAUUCUACAUUGUGAUAUAAAGCCUCAGAAUAUUCUUUUGGGUUCAAAUUACCAACCCAAGGUAGCAGAUUUUGGCUUAUCUAAGCUUCUAAAUAGAAGUGACCAACACACUCAAAACUUCUCAGUGGUAAGAGGAACGAGAGGAUACAUGGCACCUGAAUGGGUUUUCAAUUUGCCAAUAACAUCAAAGGUGGAUGUGUAUAGCUUUGGGAUUGUUGUGCUGGAGAUGAUAACAGGAAGGAGUCCGACGAUGAUGGGAGGUCAGAGUGAUAAAGCAGAAGAAGCACAUAAUGAAAGGCUAGUGAUGUGGGUGAGAGAGAAGAGGAAGAAAAUGACGUCGGAGGAGGAAGGGUCGUCGUCAUCCUCUUGGGUGGAGCAAAUAAUUGAGGCAGCCAUUGGAUCGGAGUUUGACGUUGAGAAGAAGAAGAUGGAAACUUUGGCAAAUGUGGCUCUGAAGUGCGUGGAGGAGGACAAAGAUGCGAGGCCCAGCAUGAGCCAAGUUGUUGAGAUGCUUCAAAGCCAUGAAGAUGAUGCCUCUUAA